AAAACUGACAGCCACGAAUGGUCAAUUGGCGAUACAAAGUGGGUGUAGCAAAACCGAAAAACGUCAUAUGCGGGCGCAUUGUAUAUUUUUAUAGUUCAUACAAGUGUAUGUGGGUAUUAUGCGAAGGACGGUGUUUCCCAUGUUUGUAGUGGUUGGAGCAACAACAAUGUUGACGAUAUUUUGCCGGAAAAUAUAAACAGAGGAAAACACGAGAACAACGCCAUUCAAAGUCAACGCCAGCUGUUGAUGUAAGUUAAGUUAACUGUCAACGGGCACGAAUUAUUUUCCAGUAACUGAAAAGAAGCAUCAAAAUCUCUUUCAAUGGAUCCAAAUUUGCGAAAUCUUAAAGAUUUUCUGACACUAUAUAAUAAAGUCACGGAGUUGUGCUUUUCGCGAUGCGUGGAAACCCUCUACGAGCGUGAAUUAACCAAUGCUGAAAACACCUGUAUAGAUAAAUGUGUAACAAAAUUUGCGCGCUUUAAUCAAAAAAUGAUGAAUGUUUAUGUUGAAGUACAAACGGACAUAAACCAAAAACGAAUUCAAGAGCUUGAAACGACCCAGAAACAAGUGGACCAAGCUUCAACAUCCUCGUCAAAGGUAGUUGCAGCAGGAAUAAACUCAGUACCUAUGCCGGCAUCUGGAGCACAAACACCAGCCUACUCUUAAAAUAAAAUUCAGUGAAUAAUUAUUAUUCCUCCAUUAAUGUCGACACGUAUUUGCCUCGUAGCCUUAAUUGGUUUACCAGCUGCUGGAAAAAGUACAUUUAGUAGUUGGAUCUUGUCGAUCCCUCAACAACAGUUCAACGUCAUUCAUCUUUGUUAUGACGAUUUUCUGCCAGCACAAGAACAUACUCUUAAUGCAGAAAUAGAAUUAAAAUUACAACGUAGCAAAAUCUUGGAAACUAUAAACUUGCUUAUAUGUGAAUUAAAUGAAAACGCCUAUAUAGCAAAAGAUAUCAUUAAAUCUGUAAAGUUAUCUGAAAAUGCAAAUUGCCACGAUUUCAUAAUUCUAUGUGAUGAUAAUAAUUACUAUCGUAGUAUGAGAUAUAAAUUGUAUCAAUUGUGCAGGCAGAACAAGUGUGCUUAUGCACAAAUUUACUUAGAGUGUGAUUUAAAAUUGGCAUUAGGUCGAAAUAGUGCAAGGCCAGAUAAUGAGCGAGUGUCAGAAGAAAUUUUGCAACGAAUGGGAAGAAGACUAGAGAUACCCAAUUCAGCAAAGCAUCGCUGGGAAGAAAACACCUUAUUCCUGGAGGAAUGUGACAACUUUACUAUAAAGAAAGCUAGUAUUUUGGGGUUUUUCUCUAAAUCGCUUGAUAAAAUACUACAACCUCUGUCGCAAUGUGUUACUACUGAAACAAUGGUGUCA